AUGCUCGGCCUGCGCUUGCUCGCGCUGCUGCCACUGGCAUUCGGCAGUCUAAUCGCUCAAGACGAUUCUGUCAACUACGAUGGCCACAGAGUUUACCGUGUGGACUCGAAUGGCGAAUCAGACGCAGUGCUAAACAAACUCUCCACCCUUUCCUACCAGCGAUGGAACUACUGUUCAGAUGAGCACAUCGAUAUCUCCUUGGCACCAGACGAAGCGGAAAAAUUCGAGGAGUUGGGCUUGAAGUACUCCGUUAUGCAUCAGGACCUGGGAGCAGACAUCAUCGCAGAGUCAGCCGGAGCCUCGACCAAGUACGUGAAACGUCAGAAUGGUGCCCUCCCAAGCGAUUCCUGGUUCAACUCAUACCAUGCCUACGCCGACCACGUGCAGUACUGGAAGGACCUCAACGCUGCUUUCCCCAAGAACUCCCAGUACUUCGUGGCUGGCAAGUCGUACGAGAAGCGAGACAUCUUUGGCUUGAAGCUUUACGGCAACAGCACUGGCGACAAGCCUGCGAUCAUCUGGCACGGAAAUGUGCACGCUCGGGAGUGGAUCACGUCGAUGACAGUGGAGUACAUCACCUACAACCUGAUCAAAGGCUACAAAGGAGGCGAUGCCACCUUCGCUUCGUUUCUGGAUGCGUACGACUUUUACAUCCUUCCGUUUGUCAAUCCCGAUGGCUUCGUUUUCUCGCAGACCAAGGAUCGAUUAUGGCGCAAGAAUCGUUCCCCUGGUCCCAUCGUUGGACAGCUAGGCCUUUGUUAUGGAACCGACAUCAACAGAAACUGGCCUUACCAGUGGAUUGGCGACCCUAGGGGCUCGUCGCCAAACCCAUGCGAUCAGACAUACCGAGGACGAGCAGCAGGCGAUACUCCCGAGAACAAAGCUCUUGUCGCUCAGAUGAACGCCACGGCCGCUAAACAGCCAAUUGCCCUCUACGUCGACUGGCACAGCUACGGUCAGUACAUCCUCUCGCCCUAUGGAUACACUGCCACUGUACCAGCAAACUCGGCCGACCAAGUCAGUCUGGGUAACGAGGCGGCGAACGCGAUUCGUGCUGUGUACGGCACGAACUUCACUGUGGGACCCAGCGGAGCCACACUUUACCCAACGACCGGUAGCAGCGCUGACUAUGCGACUGACAUUACUGGUGCUGAGUAUGCGUAUGCAUUUGAGCUUCGAGAUCAGGGCGAUCAUGGUUUCGUGUUGCCGCCAGAGCAGAUCAGGCCUACUGGGGAGGAGAUGCUGGAAGGGAUCAAGGUCUUCUUGACUGGAUUAUGA